AAAAAGCCCCUGCGCAUUGAUCCGCGCCGUAUUUUUGGGUAAAUACGAUCACGUGGGGGCCGGGGAACCAAUGAGCUGCGGGGAAAAGGCUGGAAAAAUAAUUACCUGCCUUGAUUGUUCUGUGAGCAGAUAAAAAGUACAUAUACAGUUCAUACAAUAAUCUUAUGUAUGUAAAACCCUGUUACGAUGUCGGCGACGGGGCCCAUCAGUAACUAUUACGUGGACUCGCUCAUCUCUCACGACAAUGAAGACCUCCUAGCGUCCAGGUUUCCGGCCACCGGGGCUCACCCCGCCGCCGCCAGACCCAGCGGUUUGGUGCCGGACUGUAGCGAUUUUCCGUCCUGUAGCUUCGCGCCCAAGCCGGCAGUGUUCAGCACGUCGUGGGCGCCCGUGCCCUCGCAGUCGUCCGUGGUAUACCACCCGUACGGCCCCCAGCCCCACCUCGGCGCCGACACGCGCUACAUGCGGACUUGGCUCGAGCCGCUGUCCGGCGCCGUCUCCUUCCCCAGCUUCCCGGCCGGGGGCCGUCACUACGCCCUCAAGCCGGACGCCUACCCCGGGCGCCGCGCUGACUGCGGCCCAGGAGACGGCCGCAGCUACCCGGACUACAUGUACGGCUCUCCCGGGGAGCUGCGCGACCGCGCCCCGCAGACACUGCCCUCGCCCGAGGCGGACGCCCUCGCCGGCAGCAAGCACAAAGAGGAGAAGGCCGACCUGGACCCCAGCAACCCCGUGGCCAACUGGAUCCACGCCCGCUCCACAAGGAAGAAGCGCUGCCCCUACACAAAGUACCAGACGCUGGAACUGGAGAAGGAGUUUCUCUUCAAUAUGUAUUUAACCAGGGACCGUCGGUACGAGGUGGCCCGGGUGCUCAACCUGACCGAGAGGCAGGUCAAAAUCUGGUUUCAGAACCGGAGGAUGAAGAUGAAAAAGAUGAACAAAGAGAAAACCGACAAGGAGCAAUCCUAAACCCUGCCCCGGCCUGCUGCCUCGGCACAGCCAAGGGAAAAACAAAAAUCCCACAAAAAAAUACCCUAACCCAGGCGGGAGAGAGCACGAAAAGGAAAAGGAAAGAGCAAGAUAGAGAGAAGCCAAUCAGCUUAAAAAGAAAAAAAAAAAAAGAGAGAGAGAGAAGGGGAAAAAGAAAACUCUUUCGAUUUGGGAGGGUUCAGUGUUAAGAAAUUGGUGUUUUAGAGUUAGUUCUAUCCAGCGAGGAGGAGGCAGGGAGAGAAACCGAGUUCUCUUCCCUCAGCGCAACUGAAAUAAAUGACACACACAAAUGUGAUUUUCCCCCCUCCUUUCUUCAGAGAAGCCAGUACUUGAAUCGCUAUAUUUCUGUUUUUUGUUUUGUUUUGUUGUUUUGUUUUGUUUUGUUUUUCUUGUAUCGUAUUUGGUCCAGGCUAUCCCUCCCUGGGCCUGGGGCACUCUGC